AUGGAGCCCCUCACAUCUUCCAACAACAUGACUAAAUUUCUUCUCUUGGGACUCACACAAAAUCCACAACUGCAGAAAAUACUCUUUGUUGUCCUUUUGCCCAUUUUCCUAUUCACUGUGCUAGCCAACCUGCUCAUUGUCAUCACCAUCUCCCUCAGCCCCACACUUUCAGCUCCCAUGUACUUCUUUCUCACUCACUUGUCCUUCAUAGAUGCCAUCUUCACCUCUGUCACCACGCCCAAACUGAUCACUGACCUGCUGCACCAGAGGAGAACCAUCUCCUGGGGUGGCUGCCUGACUCAGCUCUUUGUGGAGCACUUCCUGGGAGGAGUAGAGGUUAUUGUCCUCAUUGUCAUGGCCUAUGACCGCUACGUGGCCAUCUGCAAACCUCUGCACUAUGCGACCAUCAUGCAACAGGGGCUCUGCAAGCUCCUGGCGGUGGUGGCUUGGAUCGGGGGGACCCUGCAUGCCACUGUGCAGAUUUUUUUCACCAUGGACUUGACCUUCUGUGGCUCAAAUGUCAUUGAUCACUUUAUGUGUGAUUUCUUCUCAUUAUUAAAACUUGCCUGUAGCCACACCUACACUCUUGGAAUGGUGGUGGCAGCUAACACAGGGGGCAUGUGCUUGCUCAUUUUUUUCCUGCUCCUCAUCUCCUACAUAGUCAUCCUGAGCUGCCUGAAGUCCCAUGGCUCUAAAGGACGACGCAAAGCCCUCUCCACAUGUGGCUCCCACUUUACAGUAGUGGUGAUUUUUUUUGUCCCUUGUAUAUUCACCCACAUGCGUCCUGUGGCCACUUACCCUGCAGACAAGUGGGUGACCGUGUUCUAUGCAAUCCUAUGUCCCAUGUUAAAUCCUAUCAUUUAUACAGUGAGGAAUGCAGAGGUGAAGGUUGCCAUGAGGAAUUUGCUAAAGAGGAGAGUCACUUAG